AUGGUGUCCUCUCUUGCUGCGCAGUUAGCGCAGAUCGCCGCCAACUCGAAGGCUUCCUUGGAUGUCAAGGCGCAAAAGGCCGCCCAUUCCAAGUCCUUAAUCUUCGAGCCGCGAGUUGCUGCGACCCAGAGCUACCAGACUCUUUACACGAUAUGCUCCGAGGGCUUCGAGGAGCUUUGCGAGCUCGAUGGCCGCUUCAAACCCUUCUCCAAGACGCUCUUCAGCGAGCAGAGCAUGAGCGAAGACCGAACCCAGAUGACUGCUGCUGAAAAUGCCGAAUUGGACAAUAAAGUCGAGUCCUUCCUCCGCCUUGUCGGCAGCCGGUUGAGGCUCAUGCCUUCGAUCCGGGCCCUCGAGUGGCUCGUUAGGAGAUUCAGAAUUCACGAGCAUAACACCAAGUCCCUCAUCACAACCUUCCUCCCGUAUCACUCGAUCCCUGCAUUCGUCACCUUGCUCUCGAUCCUCCCGCCCAAGAUCCCUCACGAGUACCGAUUCUUGAGCCCCUACAUCAAGUCGCUCACCUCCCCCCCGCGAUCCGUCUUGGUCCACGAAGCGAUCCACAAGGCCGACUUCCUCAGCACCCUGUCCGAAUACACGCUUGAGGCAUGCAGGCACCAGCAACAAUACCCAACUUUGGUCUCGUUCUGGGGUGGCGUAAUGACGGAGGCUGUAAACGGGCUUCUCGAGAACAUGCGAUCCGGCCGCGCCGCUGUUCAGCAGGACAACAACGAAGCCUUCUUGCACCGCGUCGGGCCUACGCUAGCCGAGGCAAUGUCGAUGAAGAAAGUCCCCAACAUGCAGAUUGCCUCCUACAUGGCUGUCACUGUCGUUGCGGCCAAGGGCAGCUUUGACGAUGCGACUCUCUCGGCCUUCAUGGAGCAGAUCGUUCACGGCUGGACCAGCGAGACUGUUCGCCCUGGGCUCGUCUGCUUGUGCAUUCUGGCGCAGUACCGGUCGGCGAAACAGCUUUCCGGAAAGGUCACCAAGGCCUUGCUGAAAGUCCAGAACCUUGGCGAGAUUCUCGUCGAACUGGGCCAGGAGAGGAGAGUUGACAAGCUCACCAACGGACUCUGCAUUGCCUUUAUCGAACGCUUGUGCAAGAAGGGCGACGCUCGCGGUCUGCCCAUCAUCCGCGCCAUCUUGAUGAGCAAGAUCUUGAAGGAGAAGCAGAUUGCUGUCAUUUUCAAGUCUCUGGUGCUGGCUGCACACAGACUCGACGACAACGUUGACAAGGACGGUGAAAUUCGCAAGGAGCUUGGCUCAACAUUGAUCGAUCUUUCUCGCUUCUCCGGGGAGACUAGUGAGAUCAUCCGGACGGUCCUAGAAGAGGUCGAUUUCGAUGUCGAGGAGCUGGAAAUGAAGCUCGACGUUUCCAUUCGCCAGAGAAAGGCCUUGCCAGGCAGUCAGGAGGACGUCGAGAUGGACGAGCCCAAGUCCGCACCCGCAAAGGAGGACUUGCGAGAGACCAUCCAGGAGUUGUCGGGCCAGAAGCGCGCUCUCCCCUCCUGCCUUUCUACUAGCACUGGGGAGGUCUACGACGAGUUCAGCCGACUUUUCCUCCGCGUUGUCUCCCAGCAAUCCGAGGACCCGACUCUGCUUGCUGAUUUCGACCAGCUGCCGUCCCUCAGCCGACAGACGGCAGUCAGCGAUCACACCUACAUCACCUUCUUCGUUCGCAUCUGGUCAGGUCCUUACCCGACUCUCGCCCGCGCGGCCGCUGUGGACGCGGUCAGAAGACGUCUCAGUGAUGGCGACGGCAACGACCUCGAUUUCCAAGCUCUCAUCCCCUACUGCCUCGUCGCUCUGGUCGAUUCUUCCAAGAAGGUCCGCCGUGCAGCUGCCGAGCUCCUGAUCCAGAUCGGCCAUUUCUUCCCCCAUCAGUCCAAGGCUGCGAAGAAUUCUGUCUGGGGCGGUAAGAAGCUAUACGACGACAGCUCCAAGGUGCAAUGGCUGGACGCCGAUGUUGUUUCCCGCCUUCUUCACGGCGUCAUCCUUCCGGCCCUUGAGGAAUGUAUCAUGCACGAAGACUACAUUCGCGCGGUGCUGCACUCGACGCUCGAUAGUAGCGCGAAGAACGAAGGCAGCGACGGGAAGAAGGCACUCAGCUCAUCGGGUAGAGCAUCGAUCCUAUCAUUCCUUGCCAGUCACGUUGUUGCGACACCGCUGCUCAGGGUCAAGUCCAAUCUUCUCUCAAUCCUUAACCGCAUCAGAGGAGUGUCGUCUACUUCAAGGACGAAGGUGCUGCUGCCGGCGUUCCAGUGGUGGGCUUCCUUGUCUUCCGAAGAGACGACCCGUCUUUCCGAGGCCGAGGAGGUGGACCAGGCUGUGCUCCACACCAGAUUCGCCGAGAUUGUUGUGCCGAACGACAGCGAGGGUCUGGAUUGCCUCCUCUCCAUCGUCAAGGACCCUGCUUCUGCUAAGCGCCCGGAGCUGGUCCGAUCAAUCUCUGCCCGCAUCCGAUCCAUCUGGAGUUCGAUGAAGGCCGACACCAAGUUCGACGUCGCUCAGACAAUGCUGGAGCUCUCUCAAGCGCGACACGCAUCCCAGGACGAGGAGGACAUCAUUGCUGAUGAGGCUGCCGAUUUCCUGAGGAACGUCGAGCUCACCACGGACAUCCUUUCCUACUUCCUCGAGUCCAUUCAGACGGGCACGAAGAUCAUCACCGAGCCUCCGGCGAACAAGCGACGCAGGACCAGCUCAUCUGAGGCCAACCGCGUAGUCACUGCGCAAGCCAGUGCCGAGCUCAGUGCGACGUUGAGAUCAGUCACCUUUGUGCUCCAGCUCGUGGAUGGCUCCAACCCUGCUUCCCACCCCGAGCUCCUUGACAGUCUCUUCGGCACCCUCUCCGAGCUCCAGCAUUUCCGCACCGUCAUCGGAUCCGAACUCGGCUACCUGCAAAACCUGGUGCUCACGAGCUUGAUCGCGAUGGUGCCCGCUUACAGAAACAACAAGAGCCUGAAGAUUGACGGCUCAGGGGGCCACGGCGACCUGCUUGUCAACUGCAUCCAGAAGUCUUCCAGCCCGAUCGUGCAAAACUCGGCCUUGCUUCUGAUUGCCAGCCUUGCCACUGCUGCCCCUGAUCUAGUGCUCCAUAGUGUGAUGCCCAUUUUCACCUUCAUGGGCGCCUCCGUCCUCCGCCAGAAUGACGAUCACUCUGCUCAUGUGGUUAACCAGACCAUCAAGGAGGUCGUUCCGCCUCUGAUGGCGUCCCUUAAGAAGGGCAAGCGGAACCCGGUCGCUGGCGCCGCUGAGCUGCUCGCAAGCUUCGUUACUGCGUACGAGCACAUCCCUGCGCACCGCAAGCAAGGCUUGUUCGUUGCUCUCAUCAACACCCUUGGCCCCGAUGAAUUCUUGUACGCCUUGCUGGCGAUGCUGGUCGAUAGAUAUGGUCCUAACGACAGCCUGAUGGCGUUUGCGUCUGAACUCCUGGGCGUCUACAGCGCCGAGGUGCAGCUCCAGACCUUAGCUAAGCUCCUGGACUUGAUCAGUGACAUCUUCAAGCCCAAACCCGGUUUGUCGGCUACCCUGCUGGGCGUCGGAGAGGACUUGGCGGAGAAGAAGCCCGAGACCAGUGCCCUUCAGCAGCUGACCGUCUUCCCGGCUCUCCUUUCCAGCAGAAAGCUCCGAAAGGAGAUCACCGUGCUCACGGAGAGGGACGACAUGGAUUCUUCCAAGAUUCGGGACUUGUACGCCAUUCUCCUCAGGGAUGUCUUGGCCCUGGCUGAGACCGUCAAGCAGCAAAAGGCGUUGCACGAAUGCUGCGGUAAUGCCCUGGCUAACCUGCUAAACCUCCUGUCCAUUGGCGAGUUCAUCAAGUCGGUCGAGAAUCUCCUAGACCGUACCGAAAUCGACCUCCGCCGCAAGGUCCUCCGGGCCCUUGAGGUCCGCGUGGACCAAGAGAGCGUCGCAGACGUCGCUUCCAGGACGGCAUUGCUCGCUUUCCUGCCGCAACUCACCGCCGCGAUCAGGGACACCGACGACAUCAAAUACAAGCACAUCGCCGUUGCCUGCGUGGACAAGAUUGCGGAGAAGUACGGCAAGAAGGAUAUCGAGGCCGUGGCAGGCGCUGCGGCGACCAUUGCCGGACCUCACUGCCUCGGCCAGCCCGAUGCCCGCCUGCGCGUCAUGGCCCUGCUCUGCCUUGCCUCUCUUGUUGAUGUUCUGCAAGACGGAAUCCUGCCUAUUGUCAACAUUGCCAUUUCCCAGGCCAUUCUCUACAUUGAGCAGUGUGUGAAGGACAAGACGACAGCAAACGAACUGCACAACGCCGGCUACGCGUUCAUCACCGCCCUGGCACAGCACCUACCUUACAUGAUCUCUGCGAAGCACCUGGACAACAUCCUCCUUGCCUCCAACAAGUCGGCUGAGGCUGAUUUGGAUAGCGAAGCCGACGAUGAGCGCCUCAACUGCCUGAGGUUCCUCGCCAGAAAGGUCGAGGCCAAAACCAUGCUGGGCAGCUUGGAGAAGAACUGGAUCCCGGCCACCGAGGCAGGUUUCAAUGCAACUGAGGAAUGGGUUGACGUCUUUGGCGUCGUCGUCGAGAGCCACACCAAGUCCAUUGUCACAAAGAACGUCACAUCCUUGUCCGCGAUUCUCCUCAACUCGUUGGACCUCCGAAGACGCGAGAACACAAAGGACAAGCUCACCAACGCAGCAUCUCAGCGCGUGGCCAAGAUCGAGGCAUCCAUCAACGACGUUGCCCUCAAGAUGAUUUACAAGCUGAACGAUGCGGCUUUCAGGCCUAUCUUCACUCAGAUUGUCGAGUGGUCUACGCAGCUCCCCAAACAAGAUGUUACGGGGCGCGCACUGCGUCGUUUUAGUGUCUACGGAUUCUUGCACGUAUUCUUCGAGAGCCUGAAGUCGAUCGUCACAAACUACGCGACUUACAUUGUGGACGACGCCGUCGACAUCAUCAAAGCAUGCGACGUUAAGCUGCCGGAGCAGAAGGAUCUGUGGCAGCGUGUCCUCUCCACUCUGGCGAGGUGCUUUGAGCACGACCAGGACGACUUCUGGCAGGCGCCCGCGCACUUCAGCAAGGUUGCACCCGUUCUCACUGCGCAGUUCCUCAACGCCGAUUCUGUGGAUCUGUCGGCUGAGUUGAUCCCCGCGGUUGUGGAGUUGGCGUCUGCGGCCGACUCCCAGGAGCACCAGAAGGAGCUCAACAGCGCCAUCCUCCGCCACCUGCGGUCUGAGCAGGCAGCCGUCCGUCUGGCAGCCGUCAAGUGUCAGCAGGAGCUCGCCGAGAAGCUUGGCGAGGAGUGGCUGUCGGCGCUGCCCGAAAUGCUGCCCUACAUCAGCGAGCUCCAGGACGACGACGAUGAGGUUGUCGAGCGGGAGACGCAUCGGUGGAUCGUUAAGAUCGAAGGGGUCCUUGGCGAAAGCUUGGACUCCAUGUUGCAAUAG